AUCUUCGAGCCAAAACCUAGAGGGAAUUUUUUUAAUUUCUGACACACGUCGAGGUUUCCAGCGGCUGUCCAUCCUGCCAGGCGUGAAGAACCCGUUUUAAAGCUUCUCUGUUCGGAAAAUGUCCGGUCCACUGGAGAGAGUGGUAGCCCAGAAGAAAGAGGCCAUUGAAGCAGUGAUGGAGAUGUUUGAGAAAGGGGCUGAGGUGGUCGCCAGCGCUGUUGGAGAGCUGUGUCCUCUUUUCGAAGCUGCUGCCCCAGUUUUGAGGCUGGUUCUGGACAAUGUGGAGAGCAAAGAGGUCAUUUAUGUGAAAGAUCAGUUUCUAGCUGUGAGGAGCAAACUGGAUGUCCUUUCAUCUCAACUGGAAGACAUCAACUGUGAGAUUAAGAAAGGACGCAUAGAUUCUCAAUUCUUCUCUGUGGAGGAGAAUAUACUCAACCAGUUUAGAAAAUAUAUGGACAUACUGGAGGCCAAACCAGAGUACAAAGAGGUCAGAAAACGUGUGUUCUUGCAAAAUUUUCCCAAAACUGGAGGAGACAAAAAUCUCUUUUUGCUUUAUGAUGCCCUGAUGGGAAACGGCACAUUUGGCGAGCCAGUUCUGGAUGUUAUGGAGGAAUACGAGGCUAGAAACCGAAGGAUGAUGGAAGACUUCUGUGUUAGACUGAAGGAGCUUCUCUGCCUGGGAAUAAUCCCUUUACUGGGAUAUUACUUUCUCACUCAGGGCGAAGAGGCCGAGCAAGAGAAGAUUCAAGAGUGGAACAUGAAGAUUCAAGAAAUUGAGAUGAAGAUGAAGGAAACCAUCGAGAGAUGUGUGAGUUCAUUUCCAGAGCAAGCUGAACUGGACAUCAACAGGCUUGUGAAGGAGAAAGAGGACUCAAACCUCCAAGAUUUGGCUAAGGAACUGCUGGAAUUUCUGGUGAAGAAGUACGACUGGGUGAGCUGGUCCAUCAGAGUCAUUACUAACAUGAGCAAAUAUAGAGACUUGAGAGCUGGACAAAACUUUCAGUGUGUGGCCGGACAGAAAUGUUUUGAAGUGUCUCAAGGAAACGACACUAAUCUGGUGGUGUCCUACUGCAGCAACCCGCAGCCCGUGCCCGAUGAGAGCGUAAAACAGAUGAUGGACGGUCCUGCCAAGAAAGGAGAUGCCAAAGCUGUAGUGGAGGUCCUGGACAAACAGCUAUCUGGGUUUUUGGUUCACGCUAUCAGUCGUCACAAGGAGAGCUUUGCUGUGUCGAGUUUUCCUGAAGAAUGCCAUUACUGGGAAAAACAUAAGAAUGUCAAUGUGUGUGUGCAUUCUGAGUAAACAUAUAAACAUGUAUAAAAUUCAAGGCAUAUUCAAGAUAUAAACAAAUAUACUGGUGCAAUUUCUUCAUCUAAACAGCAGCUAUUCACAUAUAUGGCAUUAUUCAUUGUCAGCUUGCAAUCAAUUGUCUGUAAAAUUAUUGUAAUUCAUUGCACACUCUUCAUUGUCACAUUUAGAGAUGAUACCAAAGUAAUCUUACUGUUAUUUAAAUAACUGUCAUUAUAUAAAAAACUAAAUGUAAUUGCACUUUUUUUCAAGCAAAUAUAUUCAAUUUGUAUCAUGCUAUGCUAUAAAUGUAUAUGUCUCUAUGACUGAAAUCACCCCUUUAAAGAAGUAGCAUGCAACAUUGCUGUGAAGUUUGUGUAGAAUGUUGAAAGCUAAGAAAAGCGGCUUUUGGACUACACAUAGUGUUAUAAUGGUGCCAAGACAGGCCUUUGUGUGAAUGACAUGGAGCCAAAAGAACAAAAGUGCCCCGUAACAAAAAAAUUCUCAUGCAACAACUUCAAUUGUCUUAAUUUAGUACUGAUAAAUUAGAAACUGAGCCUAUACUCGUAAAAAAGGAAACACAGAGAAUUUGCAAAAUGUAUUUAUUUGCAAAAAAGAAAAAAACAUUGACACCCCAUGCUAUGAAACACAACUCAGGGCCGCAUUAAUUCAAUUACAGCUUUUUUACUAAAGUCAGCGUUUUCAUCUUGGGGCUGCAGUAAUAGAACGAGUGGGGUUUAGCUCUGUUAACAUAAAGCUCAGGAGCUUCAGAUUUGCUGUGAUCAGCUCUUCAGAUCCAGUCUCUAAGAUCAUUGAAACACAGAGUAAGGGAACAAUCCAUCAUUAUAGUAUACUUUACACUUUUAUUCUAUUGUAUUCUUUUAUCCUUAUUGCACCUUCUGUAAGUUUCUAUUAAUAAAAAAUAUCAUUUAAAAAGCCAAUAUCGUUUAAUAUUUGAAGCAAACCUUUUCAACCAGCUUCUUCUCUUGUUUCAGAGAUUAAAUAGAAAACAUGGUCCAGCCGAUGGCAAUUUCUAAAUUUAUUAGUGGUUGAGGCUUCUGUCUUGGUUGGAGCUAUUGAUUCGUGUGGCUUCCAUCUCUGAUACAGAUUUCCAAGUGGCUGAACCUUAAACCCGACUGCUAUAAUACCAAAACAGAUUCCAAUAUGACAUAGCGUUUCUGAGUUCUGUUGGACAAGAAUAACUAAACGAAUCCACUGUGUUCAGGAAAGGGCAUCAGUCAGUAUCAAUAUUUAAUAAACAAAUGAGUGAUGUUAUGAAGCCCAACAUAACAGCACAACAGCAGAGUCACUCGAUCAAUCCCAGGAUGCCUCACUCUGGCUGAAUCUGCCAAUCACAGGCUGAACUAAUGACAUUACCUUUUCAUCAGAGUGGACCAUCGACCGCUCUCCUGCCUUUAAGUGGUCUGAUCUGAUAAAAAGCAUUAAAACAUUUGUACUGUGACACACACCAGCUCACCGCACCGGCUUUAUCCUAUGUACUGUAUAGUUCUACAUUUUCAGAAUAUUUUGUCUGAAU